UGCAUCUCCGCUUUCUAGCUGGUUCAUUGGUGUACGCGGUGCUCGAGCGUUCGCAACGAUCCGCGGUAGCAUGGCGAGAAACGUCUGGCUGUUCUGCGUCCUCUUCUCGUUCGCCGUUCACCUGGCGACGGAGACGUCGGCUUUCGUGCAGUUCAACGGGGACCUGAGCAAAUCGAACUCCUCCGACGAGGAUCCGCUGAAAGGUUCGAACGAGAGAUGCGGAUCGGCGGUCGGGAAGCCGGCGGACGACGACUGCGAAGGCAAGUCUAGCUCGGAGAAGCCGAAGCUCGUCCGCGUGCCGCUGAGACCUCGACGAACUCGUUCCAUCGACUCCUCUGUCAACACGAUGAACCAGAACGAAGGAAACGCUCGAGAAAGCAAGCCGGCGAGAAACACGAUGACCUCGACGGUGAACCCGACCGAAGCGAGCAACGUCCCGGAGACUCAGCCGAAAAGCACGAAGAAGGGGCACAAGAAGCUGAAGCUCGCGCAGAGCAAGCCCGGCCACAAGAAAUCGAAGGGCAAAGGUCGUUCGAGCGACAAGGAUCGCGAGGAGGCCGAUUCAACGAAGAAGACCAAACGCCAUAUUGGUGGCUUGUACGGCAAACAGCAAACUGCGGACAAUCAGAUCGACGCGGAUCGAGGGAAGGAAUCGAACAACCUGACGUCCAUGUUUCACGUAAGAAGGGGAGAUGAUUAUUAUGCCAAGAGGAAAGCUGUUAUGGACAUGUUUCGCAAGCAGAGGCAGCGGAUGCAGAACGAGCACGAUAAGGCGACGUCCACCAUCGCGGUCGGUGUUAGCGAAAACUAUCGGAGAUCGUCAACGUUGAAAAGUGUGGUUCCUUCGCCGACGACGGAAAGAGCCAGACCGAAUUCGACGAAGAAACCAAUUAUUAGAAUGAUUACGAAGAGGAAAACCCUGAAUGAUGAUCCUUUUGCGGACCCAGGUGAAGAGUACGAAUAUUACGACGAGAGUGAGGAACAAAUUUCCACCACUCAGUUGCCUUAUUCGAUUCAUAGCACUUCGAAUCGUGUUAUCACCACUCAGUUGCCUUAUACGAUUGUUAAUGCUCGUGAUCAUAUUACACCGGCACCGACAACGAUGGUCAAGAAGGACCGCGUUUACGAAUGGGGUUCGUGCGCGGACAACAGCCGCCGCAUGUUCUUCCAGAACAACCUGUCCGUCGACGUGAACAAAUGGACGGAGGCGGAGACCGACGUAAUGGCGUCCAUAGGGGAGGACUAUUGCGUCGAGUGCGUCCGGAUCGAGCUGACCACCGACAGCAAGUCCGAAGUGUCGGUGGUUUUCAUGCAAGGUGGCCAUGCGAAGCUGAAAAUAACAGGACGGGCGAACGAACGGUUGUCAUUCGUCGCGCGGUACUUCGCUACCAGGAAAAAGAACGGCCGUUGCUAGUCCACUCGAUCGUGUCCACUGAAAUGCAACGGAUCUUCGUACUUACAAUAAUAAUUCACGUUGCGACCGUCCGCGCCGCUACGACAUGUAUAAACAUGAAAUAAAA